UGUCCAUUUUCUUAUACAAGGAUGAAGAAAAGAAGAAUGUUCUUGGGCUAUGCUAAUCAUCUCUGCUGUUAAAUGAAUUUUAUGUUUCAAGCCUAGUUGGAGAAGAGACAGAGACCAAAAAUGUCACCACCACCAGCAGCACCACAGUACCCGCCUCCAGAUGGAGGUUGGGGAUGGGUUGUGGUCUUUGGGGCUUUUAUCUCCAUUGGAUUUUCCUAUGCAUUCCCCAAAGCCAUCACAGUAUUCUUCAAAGAAAUACAAGAAAUCUUUCAUACAUCGUAUAGUGAGAUAGCUUGGAUAUCAUCAAUAAUGUUGGCUGUCAUGUAUGCAGGAGGUCCCAUAAGCAGCAUUUUGGUGAAUAAGUAUGGUAGCCGGCCUGUGAUGAUAGCAGGAGGUAUCCUGUGUUCAUUUGGAAUGAUUGCUUCCUCUUUUUGCAAUAGUGUCCUGGAACUUUAUCUAUGUAUUGGUGUCGUUGGAGGUAUGGGUUUAGCAUUCAACUUACAGCCUGCCUUGACCAUGAUUGGCAAGUAUUUCUAUAAGAAGCGUCCCAUUGCUAAUGGAUUGGCCAUGGCUGGAAGUCCAGUGUUUCUGAGCACAUUGGCACCUCUCAAUCAAUUCCUCUUUAAUGCGUUUGGCUGGAAAGGAAGCUUUCUCAUUCUGGGAGGACUUCUUUUGAACUGCUGUGUGGCUGGGUCACUUAUGAGACCUGUUGGACCGAAAACAGUCCCUCCUGUGAAAAAAGAUGUUGAAAAAGGCACAGUAGAUUCUACCUUGAACAAAAACAACAAGUCUUUUUGGCAAACUAUGAAUAAGUAUCUAGAUCUGUCCCUCUUCAAACACAGAGGGUUUCUGAUCUAUCUGUCAGGAAAUGUCAUUAUGUUUAUUGGUUUCUUCGCUCCAAUAGUAUUCUUGGCUCCUUAUGCUAAGCACAAGGGAAUUGAUGAAUAUUCUGCUGCUUUUUUGCUAUCUAUCUUAGCCUUUGUAGACAUGUUUGCUAGGCCUUCAAUGGGACUUGUAGCAAACUCCAAGUUCAUACGGCCAAAGAUUCAGUACUUUUUUAGUUUUGCUGUCUUGUAUAACGGCGUCUGUCAUAUCUUGUGCCCUCUGGCAACAAAUUAUACUGGCUUGGUGAUAUAUGCUGUAUUUUUUGGGUUUGCAUUUGGAAUGGUUAGCAGCGUUCUUUUUGAGACAUUGAUGGACCUUGUUGGGGCUGCCAGAUUUUCCAGUGCGGUUGGUCUUGUCACCAUCGUGGAAUGUUGCCCUGUGCUCAUAGGCCCUCCUCUAGGAGGUUGGUUAGUGGAUGUUACUGGUGAAUAUCAGUACAUGUAUUUUGUCUGUGGAGUUAUUGUGAUUGUGGCCAGCAUCUGGUUGUUCAUUGGCAAUGCCAUUAACUACAGGCUUUUGUCAAAAGAAAAGAAGUUAGAAGAUGAGAAGCAGAAAGCACAAAAGAACGCUGACUCAAAGGAAGCAGAACCAUUAACAAACAAUGAGAAUGAAGAUGCUUCCAGCAGAGCUGAUAAAGCUCUUGAAGAUCCUUCAGAAAGAGAAACCAAUAUUUAAUCUGCAAUAUAGCUCAGAAGGCAACAUUUAUGACUUCCAUUAGAAAUAUGUCUUCAAGACACAGGCCAGGUUUUGUGGUAAUAAUGAUCAGUCACAAUAUUGGAUGGGAACAGAUUUUUGCCUUGUGGCAAGACUCUAAGUUAAAUUACUAUCUACAGUUUUUUUAUUUUAGUGAUACAAAAUUGAGAUUACUGAGGUAGUGACACCAUGCAAAUGGGUCCAUCAAACUAUGAGUCUGGACAAUCAAGAGUAAGGCAAACCAGACUAUAAAGCCUUCUAGUGACAAACAGUUUUGUUUCAAAAGUAUAUCUAAUACAGAAGUAUUUCCUAAUCUUAUUUAGGAAGAUACUUUGUGUUCAUCUUUUGGAGUAUUGUUAAAGUCUGUUGAAAUAAUCUGCCCAAACUGUACUUGCUCCUAACGUUAAGAAGAAUAUAAACUCAAAGAUUUGUUUAAAAAGAGACAAAGUACCUGAGUGAAGCACACUGAAACUUUUUUCUCUUUUGUAUGCCCACUAGAUCAAAAAGAUACAUUAUGUAUAAACAAUUAUAAUAUGGAUGUAAAAGUUAAGGCUAAUAGAUGAAAAUUGGUGGGUACCAUCUCUAAAAUACAAUAAACACCUGAAUUAAAAUAUAUACAGAAGUUGUUUCCUCCUGUGAUAGCUGACUAUAUUGUACUUCAACGUAUAUGUUUGAACACAAAGUACGUUCAGACCUCACUAAUUCAAACUAAGCUAAAAUCUGCCUGUACGUAAAAGGAUUUAAGAUUUUCAUUGCUAAUAUGAGUGGCAAUUAGUUUGUUUGAAUUAUGUGUUCCUGUAUGGCUGAAGGAUCUGGAUUGGCCUGUGAAGCCUUCUCCCUAAAGGGACUAGAUAAAGAACCUGCUGAUGUUGAAUGGAUACUUAUCCUUGGCUUUUGUGGCUUCAGUCAGUUUCAUGGCAAUGACUUCAAAGUAGAUGCUUGGGUUUACUGGCAAAUCAUUAGUUGUUUGAUGGUCUACUGAGAGGACACUUAAAGUCUUUACAGUCAGGUAACUUCAUAUGAGUUCUCACCUCCCUUUCUUAUUUAGUGAAAAGCUACUUCUUUUUUAUUGACAUAUCAUUUUUGUGCAGGAUAUUUGGUCUUGUGUCUACAAUUUCAUACAGACACUCAUUUCCAUUAAAAUGUACACAAUUGUUCAUCUUCCUUUAUGCAAAAGAAAGCAUAAAUCUCUGAAUUUACAAAAAUUAGUUAGCUUUUCACUUGAAACCUCAAAGUGCAAGCUUCUGAAGGAAUUGUGAAAAUAUUUCUGUCCUAUUUGUAGGUGAGGAAAGGUGCUAUUAGUUUUGGAGACAUGCACAUAAAUGACUCAGAAAUUGUGAAAAUUAAGGGCCUAAUUUAUAAAAAAAAAUAUGCACUGUUUAUUUAGGAUACACAUACAUGCAAUUCCAGGAAAAGAAUAUAAUUCAUUUUAGCCCUCUUUCAGAUCUCAAAAAGUUGGAGAUAUAUUGGACAGAGAGCUAGCUGUGUUAAACACACUUUGAAGCACCAAUAACAAAAGAAAAAUAGUAAAAUCUAGCAUAUAUGUGAGUGCUUUUAAGAAAGCCAUUUCUUAAUAGGAGUGUUUAUUUCUUAAUAGUAGUAUUAUUAUUUUAAUUAUUCUAAGGAUUUUGGUAGUUCUUGAUUCUGUUUUGCUGGGUUAUCAUCAAUGAAGUUCCACAGUAAUGAUGAUUUUUUUCAUUAUCUCAGCAUUGUUUUGGGGGAGAAGCAUAAUUAAUCUACUCACAGCAUGGCAUAGAAAUGAAUACCUAUUUUUACCUAAUUAUAUGAUGGAAAGCCAAACAUCUUCUACAAGUGAUGUAAUUUUAUAGGUGCAUCAGCAACAAAAUAUGUGCAUUUCAGAGUUUUGGGAGAAAAUAUGGGUUAUAUGCUCAGAUUUGAGCAGGGAACUGUGUAAAGGAGAAUGAUAUAAUCUCAGUAAAAUUAAUGCUAUAGUCCCAGUUCCUCACUCAGCCCCCAGCUUCGGAGAAGAAAUAAACACAUUGCACCUCCUUCUGAACUGUAGCCCUGCCAGCACCCCAUGAGGUAAAAACAUUGCUCUGGUUUUGGCUAUACAAACAUACAGGGUGAAUUCCAGGAUCUGUGAAGGCCUUAUGUGCCUAGAGCCAGAAAGUCAUGAGGAGUUUCAUAGACACUAAGCUUUCAUAUAGUGAGG